AUGUCCCUCCUCCCCUCUCUACCGCGUCAGGCGUCAACUUGGAGUAUGUCCUCGGCAUCCCAGCCUUCCACCCCUGCGACUGGUCCAAAACACAUCAUAUCCAACGCAAUGACCACUUUUGAGCCACAGACGCUCUUCAGACAAACCGAGAAAGUGAUCAUAUCCCAAGGAUGUCGUGUGAGAAGAGGCUACGCGCCAUUCAUCAAGGCGGAUGCAUUAUUGGUGAUCAGCAAGAGGGAGACGGGCGAAGAAGCAGCCAUCUUCAUUGUUACACCUCCAACGAGGGAAACAGCAGCUUCCAUAUUAUAUAUCAUCCCCAUCAUCCCAGGUUUCAAACAUCGUCUCGAACAAACACCCCCUUCACCAUCCAACUCGUUCUUCCAGCAGAGUGCCAAGCCUCACAUAACAUUAUAUCUCAGCUGUGAAGAUCUAAAGCUCGAGCUAAGGAUAUCGGCGAGCCAGUCAGCCAAAGUGCAGAAACUUGUCGCUGAGCUUAGGAGACAGAAUGAUGCUGCAGCUCAAUCACCCUGUCCAAGAAGUAUUAGCCAUUCUUGGCUAUCUCUCUACCCUGUCCAACCACCUAACGAAAAAGACGAUGUGGAUGAUCUGUCAUCGCCUCCAGUCGAGACACCAAGUAACAUGACUCCUUCCACAUCUACUGCAUUGACAGUCGAUACUCCGCUGGCAUCUUCCACGUCAAAAGACCCAGCCGAGCCCUCUGAAGAAGAAGAGCAAUACCCUGAUCCUUACCUUCCUACAUUCUCACGUACCAAAUUCCUCCGUAAGCGAUUAUUUGCACGACAGGAUAAAUGGUCGAGGCGUGAAAAAGUCAAAAUCAGGAUAGCAACGUAUAACGUCAAUGACAAGAUCCCUCCAGAGGGGACAUUGGAACUUGCUCCAUUGGUUGGAAAAGGUGAAGAGGAUAUUUUGGUAUUCGGCUUCCAAGAGGCUGACUUGCGAAGACAGUCAUUAUUGAUCUCACAAGGUAAUACUCGAGCAGAAGGGUGGGAAUCGGCUCUCCUUGCUGGACUGGGAUCAAGGUCUGGAGAAUUCGAAAAGCUUGUGAUGACCCAGUAUGUCGGAGUGAUGAUGAUCAUUCUAGUACGAAAGAGCCUGAAGGAGUUCAUCAGUCGAGUCGAGACAAGUGAGAGGGGUAUUGGGUUGCUCGGUUUUGGUGGUGUGGCAGUACGACUGAAAGUGCAUGAUACUACGCUGUGUUUCGUCAAUGCUCACAUGGCAGCAUUCGCUACAGCUCUUGACAGAAGACGGUCUGAUUAUCAAGUACUGAGAACCGGACUCACAUUCCCCAGACCGAAUGAAGCGGAUCUCACAGCGGCAUUCGAAGAGUUCUUACCCGAAGCGAAAGAGAAGCUAUUGACGCAGGAAGAUUCACAUAUGCUGUUCUGGCUCGGUGAUUUGAAUUACCGAGUUGACCUGCCAGAUGAUCAAGUGAAGAAGCUCGUGGAGGAGAAGAAAUGGGAAGAGAUGUUGGCCAAGGAUCAGCUCCGAGCGGAUAUCGUGUCUGAGCAGUCCUUCGCCGGAUUUUCCGAGGCUGAUAUCACCUUCCCUCCUACCUUCAAAUACGUGCACGGAUCCACGACACACGAUCCCAAACGUGCACCAGCAUACACCGACCGGAUCAUAUAUGACUUCCCCACCAACGAAUAUACCACUCCAUCCUCCUUCGAGCUGAAAUGCGAUGAGUAUACCUCUCAUGACAUCUUGUGGUCAGAUCAUCGACCUGUCACCGCGACUUUCAAAGCGGAGGUCAGAGUGGUCGAUGAGAGCAGCAGAGGUGUGGAGCUUGCAUCUGUCAUGAAGGAGCUGGACAGACUGGAAGAGGUCUACCGACCUAGUCUGGAGAUUGAUGGCACCAGCUUGGAGUUUGGCGAGGUCAGAUACCGACAAGCCGUUGAGCGCGAGAUGAAGCUUCGUAAUGUCGGUCGUGUACCUGCAACAUACAACUUCAAACCGCCUUCAUCUGAUAAACCCAUUUGCAAGUCAUUCAUGUGGCCUUUCCCCGCGACCGCAGUUGUGGAGCCGGGACAAGAGAUGAGCUUGAAGGUGGUGGUCAAUGUGGACGAGUACUGGUCAUCCAAGUUGAGUCUUGGUGGUGAAGAUAUCAAUGAUGUUUUGGUACUUCAGAUCGCUGGAGGGAAAGAUACGUUCAUCACCGUGCAAGCAUCCUAUCUCGCCUCUACCAUUGGAUUACCAUUACACAUCCUUUCAGCUCUUCCCACACCAAUCAGACAAGUAAGCUUGGCGGAUCGAAAAAUCCUCGCCAGACCUUUAGCACCCUCCGCGACGAAUGGAGAGGCUCCAGCCAAGCCUGUGAGAGAUGUGUGGAGAUUAUUGGAAUACCUCAUGGCGAAAGGGAAAAGCGUGGAGGGCCUGUGGGUCGAGAACGGUGAUGUUAGGGCUAUAAUCGAGUGCUUAGACACAGGAGAUGAACUGCCAGACGAUCAAGCAAAAUUGAUAUCUUUGGCUCUGCUACACGUUUUGACCGCUUUGCCGACCCCACUACUACCUUCCUCGCAUCAUACGUCGUGUCUCGCCGCCGAGGAUAGAGAUGCUGCCUUUGCUGUGUUAGAGGGCGUACCUCAGAUCAACACGAAUGUGUUGAUCGGACUGAUGAGUGUCAUAAGACUUUGCUCGAGCCCUCAAGAGGUCCCUGAGGUUGGUGGAUUGCAGAUAGGGGACUCGGAAGAGGACCAAGGGGUCACUGAGAAGGUAGACGAAGAACAAAAGAUAGAGGAGAAAUCUCCUGAGGUGGCAAGAGAAGAUAUAGAAUUGGAGAAAGACACUGAAGAUAAACCUGAAGAAUCGGUAAAAGCGGAAGAAGCAGUGGGGAAAGCGAAAAAAGGAGAUGAUGAUGAUGAAGUAGAUGAAGAUGAAGAAGCUACCUUAGAGUUCAUCUCGCUCACUCACAGUCAAGAUAAACCUUUACCUGAGAUCAAUCAAGAAGCUCAUGAUAAACAGGAUAAAGACAAACCUCUCAAACUUGCUUCUCCACCUAAGAAGGGUAUUGCGAUAGUUGAAGAACCGAAAACUCCACCUUCUGCUUCUUCCACAACGAAAUUACAUGAUGUUGCUGAAGCACCCACGACUGAACAUGCUGAUGAGUUGAUUAACGCAUUGUGUCCGGCGAUAUUUGGACAGACUUCUGUGGUCCCUUCGGUGAAAGAUAAGAGAAAGAGAUUUAUCAAGCUACUUCUGGAGGGAUAG